AUGCUAUGGCGUACUUUGAAGUCGCCGCUGCGUCUCACAGACGAAUGCCUUCCUCGUCCUCUGUACCUGAGGUUGUCCUUUCACCGAACUCAAAUUUCCGUUCGAUCGGUGGGCGUCCGAAGCCUUCAUGACCAGAAGACAGCGGACACAACAUCGAGGCCGCCAACCGUCCCUCAUGAGAGACUGAUAGCAGGACCCGUAAAUGGCGACGGAGGCCAGCUCGACAAGUCAAUCAGAGUAACGGGCCUUGUUCGCAGCAUCAGGAAACAAAAGAAGGUCGCUUUUGCUCGGAUCGGCGAUGGCUCAACACUGGCGAACAUCCAAGCUGUGUUUCCAGAUCCGCAGCUAGCAAAGGACAUAACGAACGGAGCAUAUGUCGCGCUCAUUGGUAAAUGGAUCCCGUCUCAAGGAGCCGGGCAGAGCCACGAAUUGAGGGUUGAGGAUAUCGAGACAAUAGGCGAAGGCAAUACCUCUGACAAUCCCAUCCAGAAACAGUCCAUGUCGACGGAUUUCCUUCGAACCGUGCCCCAUCUACGUAUGCGCACCGCGUUCCACUCGCUAGUCAACCGGACUCGAAGCCACCUGAUCUCUUCCAUCAGCUCCUUCUUCUCCCACGCCCGAAACCCAGUCUAUCAAGUGCUGCCGCCUCUCAUCACCUCCUCGGACUGCGAAGGCGCCGGCGAGGCUUUCACCAUCUCGCCACAGAGUCAUGGCCAAACGCCCGGGGCAAGUGAGGCAGCGUCCAAGGAGCAGCAGAGGUUGUACUUCCGGGAGCCGAAAUACUUGACCGUCUCGUCACAGUUGCAUCUCGAGGCGCAUGCCGCCGAGCAAGGGGCCGUCUUCGCAUUCUCGCCGACAUUCCGCGCCGAAGAGAGCGACACGCCCCGACAUCUUUCCGAGUUUUACAUGCUCGAGGCCGAGUAUCGACACGUGUCGUUCGAGGGGCUGAUUGCACGGGUGGAAAAUCUCGUGAAACACCUGGUGCAUUCUCUCCAGUCCCACCAGACGGGCAAGGAGCUCCUCGAAUACUACGCGGAUCAGAAGCAUCGAUCCACCGACGCAGAGUUUGUCGAUCUAGCCGUCCGAUGGAAGAAACUGCUCGGCCACUGGCACGUCCUGGACUACACGUCGGUCAUGGUCGCACUCGAGAAAGCGUACGAGUCGAGCAACGGAGAGCUGUUCGUCCAUCGACCUCGUUGGGGCCAGGGAUUACAACUCGAACAUGAACGCUGGGUAGUGGCCAACCUUGCAGACGACCAGCCGGUGUUUGUGACGCAUUACCCCAAGGCCGUCAAGCCGUUCUAUAUGCUUCCUUCCUCCGCGAUUACACAUGCAGAAAACACAGCCGGAGAUCCCAGUCGGGAAACAGUUGCGUGCUUCGACCUUCUCCUUCCAUUCGGGUACUGCGAGACCGUCGGCGGGAGCUUGAGGGAGCACAGGCUAGAGCAGCUCAUUCAAUCCAUGCGUGAAAAGGGACUCUUGAAGCAAGUGGAAACGACAUCAGGCAGCAAUGACAACGGGGACGGCAACGGAAAUGGAAAUGGAAAUGGCAACGGCAACGGAAAUGGCUAUCCAUUCCUUCAACCCGGAGAAAGCCUGGGCAACUUGAAGUGGUAUGCAGACCUCCGACGAUUUGGAAGCAGUCCGCACGGAGGCUACGGGCUGGGAUUUGAUCGCCUAGUCGCGUACUUGACGGGCGUCAAUAACUUGCGCGAGGUGGUCCCCUUUCCUAGGACAUGGGGAAGAGCGGACUGCUGA